AGCACCAGAAGGUACACCAUAGGAGGCGCCCGCGGAGCCAGGGACGGGCCCAGAACCCUCCCAGACAGCCAGGCCAUGAAGCAGGCUGAUGUGGAGAGAAGGAAGGAGGUGUUCCUGGAUCACCUGAGACAGAAGUACCCCCACCAUGCAGCCGUCAUCAUGGGUCACCACGAGCGCAUGCGAGAACAGGUCAGGACCACACGGACAUCGGCGAGCCCACCUCCCGGUGCAGGUGUUGUGGGUGUAGGAGAGCAGUUGGACCCCCUUUCUGUGGUGUCCCUGGAGUCCUUGGAGACCAUGUCUGAGGAGGACCCUCUGCCUGCUGUCGCUGCCUUUACCCGGGGCUGUCGAGCCCGCGCCAGCCUGCCUGUGGCCCGCUCUUCCAGCCAGCCCAGAGACAGGCCACUGGGGGUUCUGUACCUGCAGUAUGGGGAGGAGACCAAGCAGAUCCGGAUGCCUAGUGACAUCAGUGGGGACAUUGUCAGGGCUCUGUUCGUCAGUGCCUUCCCCCAGCAUCUCACCAUGAAAAUGCUGGAGUCUCCCAGCGUAGCCAUCUACAUCAAAGAUGACACCAGGAACGUCUACUACGAACUCUCUGACGUCAGGAACAUCACAGCCCAGUCCUGUCUAAAGGUGUACCACAAAGACCCCGCCCACGCCUUCAACCGCAACUCGGCCCGGCCCGGCAACUCGCAAGAUGGCAGGAUACCCAGGGAGAUCCUGUAUGGAAGCCACAGCCCAGUGCACAGCCUCCAGUCCUCCAACCGCAGUGCUCUCCACACGCUGCAGGGCUCCAUGUCUCCCCCCACCAUCCGCUCCAUGCCCUCCUCUCCCUCCAGGAUCCCUUACGGCUCUCGGGGAGCUGGGAGUGCAGGGGGGGCGGGCAGUGCCACGCUGCCCAGGGAUCGCAUGUCCAGCGUGGGCACAGGGCGCUCUGUUACCCCCUGCCCUAGCAGCAGUGCUAUCCUGGAGAGACGCGAUGUCAAACCUGACGAGGACCUGGGUUGUAGUAAGAGUAUGGCACUGGUGGUGCGGGGUGAGGGUGGGGUGUUCCCUGACCCUUACUCCACCCUCCAGGAGGGCGGCAGGCUGAGCAUCGCCUCCUCACAGGGCAGUGCCCCCGCCCCGCUUGCUGACGUCGUGGACCGAGCCGCCAUCAAGCCCUACGGAGACAUCUUGGAGCAACAGCAUUCGCUUUACAGGCAGAAGUCCAGGAGGUAUGGAGAAAGUCAGCUCCCCCCGAUGGGUACCAAAACUCCGCCCCCCUCCCCUCACAGAGUCGGUGAGGUCAGGAUGAUUGACAGUCAUUCGGCAGUUGCCACGGUCGUAGCCGCCCAAGGUCACGUGGCCGCAGAGCGGAUGUCUCCCAUUCGCCGGUCCCUGAGGCGAGACAGUAACGGGACAGUGGAGGUCAUCAGUCGGACGCGGAGCAGUGUGUCAUCAUCUUCGUCGUCGUCAGUGUUUGUCGACCUCCCUGCUGGACAUCCUGAUAGAGUGUUCCAAAGCCCCAUCACACCCAAUGACCCCCAGACCAGUGAGCGAAUGAAGGCUAUGGAACAGCAGAUUGCCAGUUUGGCCGGCCUCGUUCAGCAUGCACUAGCCAUAGCCCCAACCAUCAGUGAGGUAGAUGGCAAGACUGCUGCCAUUCCAGUCAACAACACCCUGGGAGUCUCGCUUGUACCUGCAGCCAGGAGCCCCGCCCCCCUGACGGAUAGCUCCGGCUCCUCCCCUCAGGCCCCUCCCCCAGACGCAGUGCUGCAGACAGCCCUGUCGUCAGCCCAGAGGAACGUCUCGGACCUAAGGCUGCAGCUGCAGCAGCUACGACAGUUGCAGGUGCAGAACCAGCAGAGUGUGCGAGGCAUGCUGAGGAUGAUGGAGGAGGAGAUGGCAUCCAUGAUGGCCGACAGGCUGAGGACCAUGGAGGAGAGGCUGAGGAGCUCCAGAGAGCCUGGACACAGGCAGAGAGCUGCUGUGGACCAGGAGAGACUCCAGUACCUGGGCAUGGAGGAGAGGGUGCUCAUGCAACUCGGGGACUUGGAGGAGUAUGUGGACCAGCUGAGGACAGACUCCUCCCCCUCGUCUGACUCCCACCCCGGACAGUUGUCCGUCACCCUGAAGGACGUUGAGGAGGGGGCAGUCAACCUGAGGAGGGUGGGUGAAGCCCUGGCCGGGCUAAAAGCGGAGUACCCCUCCCUGCAGGGGAAGAUGAGGACGGUGUUGAGAGUGGAGGUGGAGGCCGUGCGCUUCCUGAAGGAGGAACCUCUCAAGAUGGACAGCAUGCUGAAGAGGGUCAAGGCCCUGACAGAGACUCUGAGUGGACUGAGGAGAUAUGUGACAGAGAGCCACUCUCAUGGUCCUGAGGCUGGGUCUGGGGCAGCCAAGCCAGCCACCAUGGAGGGUCUGGAAGAGAUGGAGGAGUCCAUCGACCCUGUCCUGAGACCCAACCCCGCCCAGCAAUCCCCCAAACCCCAGCCCCGUUCCUCGGUCCGCCCCCCUCUCGCCGCCCCCACCCCGAGGCCUGACCCCACGCCCGCUUCAGCGACACCAGCCUCUCCAGGCGUCGGCCACCGCGUAAGGAGCUCCCCUGCGUCUAUCGUAGCAUGCCAACACGCCGCCUUCUCUGCUCCGACGCACCACCCUCCCCCCCCUCUCACCCCCACCCACGGCCGAGACACGCCCACUGUCGCCAAGGUGAGCCCAAGAAGUCGAGAGGGCAGCCCUGCCGUGCAGAAGAGAGUGGUCCCCUGGAGAGCAGAGGGGAACACCCCCUCCUCAGGCGUUGCAGAGACCGCCGCACGACCGGCACCACUCGGCGAGAGCCAAGCCAGCGUGGGCCCCAUCACACCCCCGGCUACAGAUGAUGAGACUGCAGAGGACGCGGUGAGGGAGGUGAAACAGAGCGAUUCUUCCUCCCCAAACCCAAGUGACUUUGACCAGAUCCUCCAGGAGGCCCAGGCCAGCCUGAUGAGAGCCAUACCCAACCUAGAUGUUCCUGAGCCUGGGGAUGAUGUCUCCUCUGGUCCUCCUACCCCUCCAGACCAGCCAGCCACAGUCCAGGCUCCGCCAGACCAAACCUCAGCCUCACAGCUCCUACCAGCCCCAGACAUGGAUUCUCAGUCCCUGCCCCCUGCAGAUCUCCCCUCUGGCCUAACCCUGCCAGAUGAGGUGGACGCCCCCCAGCCUAAACCAGCAGCCCGAGAGGCAGCUCAGUCCUCCCCAGUCCCAGCUGAGCCCCCAGUCCAGCCGGGCGCUGAGCGCCCCCCCAGGCCCAUGGUGGAGAAGCCCCGUAGGCCCAGCGUGGAGAGAGAGAGGAGACUGAGCCCUGACAAGGCUGGGAAGUCUCCCCCUCCACCGCCCCCUCGCAGGUUCUACCCAGCCAGCCCCGGGCUCACCACCGGGAGGUCGGGAGAGGUCAUCUACACCUCACGCAAGGAAUCUGUCACCACACAGGAAGAAGAAGAGGAGGAGGUGGUGGUUCCUCAGCCUAAACCCAUCAGACAGCCCCCUGAAGUCAAACCCAAACCUCAGACCACCCUCCUUCCUCCCCCUGCCCCUGCCCCCAAAACCGAACAUCAGGAGGAAGAGGAGGAAGAAGAUCAGUUCAUGAAGGAGCUACAGGUGUUUCAGAAGUGCUCUGUGAGAGAGUUAGGAGCCAGGUGUGUGGUUGACCUAUCAGGCUCUGGCUCCAAGGCUAGAGAGAUACAGACACAGCCUUCUGUCUUACCCACACACACACAGGUCUUGUAUUACGUCACGGCUCAGAUGUCCAAUGAGAAUGUGUCAUCCGGAGGGAUUGACCAAUCCGAAGGCAAGGGGGGGACCCUGCCCUCCUCACAGGUGGCCAAUUGUACUGCUCCUGAUCUAAUCCAGCGGCCAGAGUUACUAACACCAGAGCAGUUACCUUUUCUGUCCAACAUCCAAGAUGGCGUGCCCAACCCAGAGCAAGUUGUAGCUGGGCUGGAACAGAGGGAGAAGAGCUCAGGAACUAAACAAGACAUGGGGGGUCCUGUUCAGGUAGUGGAGGUAGCCAAGCAGAUGCCUUCCUCCAUAUCAGGCCCUGCCGUGAGGCAAGUUGUAUCUCCACCCGUCCUUCAGGACAGUGUUCCAGGAGGCCAGUGUUCCAUCAGGACCUCGCCAACAUGGCCGCAGGUUCAGAGUCACAAAGCAGGUCCGGAAGAUCCCGUUAGUACAAGCGGGCCCCCUCCCUCAUCGUCUCCACAGAUUGUGAUUGACACCCAGGGCAGCCAACAGGAGGUGUUGAUGAGGUCAUCUCGGGCUCGUGCCAGGUACACAGAGGAGGGCAGCAGCCUGAAUCCCGACCUACCAGAACAAGAGGCCCCGCCUCCUCCCCCUCCCUCAUUGGACCACAUGGCCUUUAUGAUCACCAAUAGCAAGGUUCAGGCCCUGUCGAGGGGGGAGUACCAGCAGCUGGUCAGCACCAGCGGAUCCCAGGUCCAGACUGUCACUGUGAGCAAUGACGAUGCUACCUCCACUGACCAGCAGGAGGAGCACUAUGAUAACCAGUAUGACAGGAAGCCUGUGAUCUUUGUCUUUGACGAGCCCAUGGAUAUCCAUUCGGCUUACAAGAGACUGUCCACCAUUUUUGAGGGUGAGGAAGAGCUGGACCGGAUGAUAUCCUCACAGGGGUGUAUUCAGGAGGAAGAUGAGGAUGAGGAAGAGGAGGAGACAGGGAGAAGUUUAAAUCAGGUAACAACCAGCAGGGAUGUAGUGGAGGUGAAUAAUGAAGCUGUAAACUCUGUAAACACCUCAACUGGGAACCCCUCAAUUGCGGUAGUACAGAGGAAGGCAAGAAGCAGAUCAGAUGACCAGUACCAGGCAAACACAGAGACCACCGACAACAACAAGCAGGAGACAAAAAAGAAGUUCAAAUUCAAGUUCCCCAAAAACAAACUGGCAGCCAUUAGCCAGGCCCUUCGGACUGGCACCAAGACGGGCAAGAAAACUUUGCAGGUGGUGGUGUACGAGGAGGAUGCUGGAGAGGUACAGGGGAAAAAGACCACAAAGGAAAUAAAGAGGUUGGAGAUCACCCCCAAACCCUACAAAGACCCCAAACAUGGAGCCACUGUAACGAAUACCAGUAACUCUGUGCCUUCAUUGGGUUCUCCCUUGAGGUCAGACUCCAAGAGCAGGACUGAGGAGAUCUGCAAGAGUGCCUAUGACUCCAUAAACAGUCUGGAAGAGACCAUCAAACAGCUGGAGAUCACCGUAGACACCAUAGGUGUCUCCUCACCCAAGACACAUAAUCCAGGGUCCCGUCAGAAACCUCGGUCGCCCUCCACCACCACCACCACCACCGCCACCACCACCAUCUCCCCUGCCAUCCCAGCCAAACAGGAGAGGGAGGGCAGCACUUCCAAGAGACCCGCCUCUCAGGGGUCCAAGGCUCUGAAAGCUCCACAGACUAAGAAGGCCAGAUCACAACUCCCCAACCCGACCCUGACUGUCUCCGCCAAGAAACAGAGUGGCAGUGGCCCCCCCUCCUCCAGUCGUCUGGGCUCAUCCAAGCCAUCUGGGUCGCCUGAAAAACCAGCCAAAGGCCAGAGUCUGCAAGACAACCAGAGGCAGUUCCGACAGCCACGCCUCCUCGCAGUCCCCCGGUAACGCCUCUCCCAGAAUGCCGAGCCCUUCCCGCAAUGACAAGUGCCAGCACCUCUCCCUCUCGCAGAACCAAACCAGCCGACACAGCACCGGGCCCUACUCUUUCUGUUCCUCCUCUUCCUCCUCCUCUUCCUCGCCCUCCUCUUCCACCUCCUCCUCUUUGUCUCCCACCUCCUCGUCCUCCUCCCCUCCCUCCCCGUUCCUCUUCUCCCCCACGGCUGGGAGUCAAGGUGGGAGGACGUCUGCGCACAUACCCAGCUUCCCCGGCCACAAGAUCCACACCGGGAGCAGAGGCAGGCUCACUUCCACACCAGCACCGUCCUCUAAGGACAUGUCCUGAUCGCUGAUCCCUCAUGUCGUUCAGUAAAGAUGGGAGGGGAUCUCUCUGUGUAUAGUCACUGCCUGGAGAGGCAUGGUGUGCUUUUAUCCGUUUUUUCUACUCUACUGUCUUGCCAUCUAUAGAACAGAUCAUCAUCGGCGAUAAUGUUACCCUUUAGCAGGAGAACUGAGUCUCUUCUAUUCUUAUUAGUACCAAGGCCCCCCCCCCCAAAAAAAAAAAUAUAUAUAUAUUGAAUCAAUAGGCACCAAAAAUAUAUAAAGUGUGAGAAACCAAAGAAGGAUGUUUAGGAUUUGAAUAAUAUUUGUAUUUGUAAUCAAAUACACAAGCUUUGAGGGAAAUUGCUGAUUUCGUACAGCUGAGGCAAGCUGAUUCAGUACCUUUAGUCAAUGGAUGGAGUCCUCAGUUUUACUGUUAAAACCAGCUUUUUAAUAGAACCCCACAUUCACAAUCUAUGUUGCAUUCCAAUUGGUUAAAAAAAAAUGUGCACUUGUAUACUCAUGUAAUUAAGUCAUGUUGAGGUUUGAACAUAGAGUAUAUGGCUGUUUUAUUACAUUUGAUGUGAGAGGUGUGUGGUUUUUAGUGAAAAUGUAUUUUACUUUUUUUUAUAUAGGCUCUCAAGAGUUAUAACAGAAGUCUUACUAAAUGAUGAUGCAGUAAAUGAUGUAAAGAAUAUAUCAUGUAAAGAAAAAUGAAAAUGUAUGCAGAUCUGUGGUGGAUGAAGGUAUACAGUUACAUUUUUAAUCUAACAAUUUUUGGUGAAUUGGAUUUGUGCUUAUCAUCAUAGAUGUGCGAUGAGGUGUUUGAGACCUUUGACUAAAUGAGCUUGAUGUUUCUCCAAGUAACUAUGCACUGCCAAAACCCUUCUACUGUAGCUAAAAACAGAGGUUUGUAACCCAUCUACUUUCUCCACUAUUCAAACAAAACUGGAUGUGCUAACACCAAAGUAUUUUGAAUUUGUCAUGUUAUGAGACAAACAUGAUGUGGAUUUUUUUUUUUUGCAUAUAGUAUUUUUAAGAUGUUUGAACAAUCGCAGCUUAUGAAAGACUCUAGAACAGGAUGGAGGUGUGUUCAAACAAUCAGUAACAGAAGUUUACACUUAGUCCUAGUGCAAGUCUUUGCUGUUUUUAUGCAGAUAGUUAUAAUUUGUUACGUUGUCAAAGUUUAUUCCCAUGCAUGCAGAUAUUCUGAUUUGUAUCUGUAAUUUGGAGGAAAUUACUGUUUGCACAAUUAUGUAAAUAUCUUUCCUUAUGAAAAACUUUAAGCCAUGUUUCACAGAGGUAUUGUAGAGUGGAAUGCUUGUGAUGUUGGCUAAUUAAUAAAGGGCUCUCUGACUUUA